CAGUCUGUCAGGAGGGGGCUUAAAGAUGGUGGGCUGAUUAAAGUAGAUUACGAGGGAGGGAGAGAGCGUGCUGGCAUCACACUCCUGUCACCACAGCGAUGGCUUCACCAUGGAAACACUGCUGCUGCAUCCUCCUCCUCUCUCUCCUCGUCCUGCAGCUGCAGUCGACUACCUGUCUUGACCGACAUCCAGCUGACAGCGCUGCUGUCUCUCCAGUCCAUGAUGAAGGUGUGGCACAGGGUGAUGGAGGGGUGAGGACGGAGGAGCAUCUGAUAUCUGCAGAGCAACCGUUCAGACAACUGCAGCCUCUUCUCCAGUCUCCGGAUGUAUCUCGGAGGAAGUUGCUUCAAACACCAGGAGCUGCACUUCCCUUCCCUCCCCUCAAGGUGUUGUCCAAUGGGGAGCCGUGCGUCCUUUUCCAGGCCAGAAAGUUGUCUCUUCGCUAUGAGAAGCAGAAGCAGCUGGACCUGACAGAGAGAGCUUUUUCUACUCAGAAACCUGUGGACACCAGCCAGUCUGUCUGCAGCCAGGAUAAGGCUACGUUGGUCAUGAGGUUUGGAGAUGUGGAGGAUUUGAGAGGCCUGUCCAUCAGACUCCAGCUGUCCAACACUUUCUACGAGUCUUCAGAUCAGUGGUGGUUCUCGGUGGAAAGCGUCUCUCUGCUGUACAACACCUCUGAAGAGGCGGUGUUCAAUGCCAGCGAAGUGUACGCUCCGGCCUCCUCCUCCUACCACUGCCUCCAUGUCAGCAGCCUGCAGCGCUACAGCCCCCUGCUGCUGCCCAGCACUGACCACGCCCGCCGCUGGGCUGUCACCUUCACCAACUUCCAGAUUCAGGCGUUCAACGUCACCUCUGGUAAAUUUUCCCCUGCGAGUGACUGUGCCACCUUCCUGACGCCGGCUAUCCUGAUGGGACUUGUCACUUCCCUCAUCUUGUUGCUGGUCCUGGCCUACGCCCUGCACAUGGUCAUCCACCUGAAACACAUCGAGCAUGACGAUGAACACAAGCCCGAUAUCUACUUCCCUCAAAACCCUGAAUAUCCUGAACACUGCUGCCUGGAAAGUAUUGAUGAGAAAAAUAUUCUGUAGGACAGAAGAAAAUUAGAGACUUUUAACACAUUGCCUCCACAGCUGAUUUGACCCUGACAACUUUCAGCUCAGGAUUAGGAUUUUAAAAUAUAUAUUUCUAGUGUUUUUUUUUUUAUUUGUCCAUUAGUGAA